GCUCCGCCGCCGGCAGCGAGCGCCGUGCGGGGCCCCAGCAGCCCCGGGCCACCGAGUGCCGGCCCCACCGGGUCCCCAGACCCCCUCCCGGGGCGGAUGGGGGCCCAACAGAGCUGAGUGCCGGGUCCGAGCUGAGUGGCCCCAGCAUCUGCCUUCGGCUGCUUGAGAGGAGUUCAGGCAGGUGUGCUGGUCCUGGAGCCUCUGCACUUUACAAAUGAAGCCACUCGAAGGGACCUUGCUGGGACAGGGAGAGGAGGAGGUGCAGGGACCGGCCCAGGGGCGCGUGCGGCGGCAGUGGCAGAGGACGAGCUGCCGACCCAGCCCCUCACCUCGAAGGGAGCAGCAGGCAGAGCUGUCCGGGCUCCCCACAUCUCCGGAUGAAGGCAGGAUGAUCAGUCCCCAGGGACACCCAGGUGGGGUUUCAGCCAGGAGAGAGCAGAGCGUGGAGCAGGAGCCAGGCAGGGCCAUACAGGAGCAGGCUGUCCACCCUGGGGACAGUGACAGGACUAAAGAAGGUGCAGAAACCCUGGAAGAGCCGCUGCUGAAUCUCCCCAGCGAGCUCUCAGUGCUGGACAGACUCGGCUUGCACAGGGUGGCUUUGACAGAGCAGGAUCUGGAGGCAGCUUUUGCGCACCUCGCCCUGGCUUUUCGCUGCGAUGUGUUCACCCUGCAGCAACGGGUGCAGGUGGAGAAACGGGCACGGGAUGCAGCAGAGGAAAACAUCCAGGAGGAGCUGGGGCAGUGCCGAGCUGCCCUGGAGCUCCCUCCUUUCCCCUCCCAGAGGCUGGGCCGAUCCUGUGCCAAUGCAGGCUGCAAGGAGACGCUGGAGCAGCUGCAGCACAACCUGGCCGUGCUGUCAGCAGCUGUUGAGAGGGCAACCAGUGCGGCGGAGAAGCUGGGGGCUGUACACCAGGGUGCAAGGGAUCCAUCCACCUGCCCUUGGGAGCAGGAAGGGGAUACACCUGCACUCCCUGGGUGGAGGCACCAUGGGAUGCACAGGGAGGGACUGGCAGAGACCUGGCUCCUUAGGAGACCCUGA